AUGGCAGGUAAUAUUUUACUAGGCUUCCCUUGGGGUGCAUUUCAGACACUAUCAGUUGCCUAUGCGUCUGAAGUAUGUCCUAUGGUAUUGAGAGUUUAUUUGACAACUUAUGCUAACAUAUGUUGGAUUUUUGGACAAUUACUUUCAGCAGGUGUAAUGCGAGCAUUUGUUUCGAGUACUUCAGAGAAAUAA